CAGGUACACCCGAUGACAGAGUAGCUUGCGCAGUAGACAAAUAAGGGAGAAAAGCUAGAACAAGCUUGUUGAUGCAUAUUUUUUCUUAAUUUAUCUUAAGCAUUAAUCCCAUCCUCAGACAUACCUUUCUACACGAAUAACCCAGAUAAACAUUUAAAGUAGCACGUCUCGGUGUUUUCUACCGCGUCAGUGCUGCUAGCUUUCUCCUCUGCAGCAGUGGAACAAUGUUUACCUCCCAAACCUCGUCCUUCCAGGAUUCAAUCGACGUGGAAGAGAGAGAUGACUUUGACAGUGAGGAAAUAGCAGGCUACAGUCAGAAAAGCCAGCUGAACUGUUACUACACCAUCUAUCUCUAUCAAGGCACAAGAUCUGAGGCUUCUGGGGAAAAUGUGGCAUGGAACCAGAGAAGAGCAGACUCCACAACCAGUCAUGAAGACUUUAGCCUGACACUGAUUGAUAGCAGCCUGCCGUCAGAGGCAGAACCGGAGCUGCGGACCUACAUUUCGAGGAGGCUGAGCAAAGGAGCCCUUCUUGGAGGCAUGGGCAACAUCGCCACUGUGGAACUCAGUAUUCCAGAGGAGGCAGUUGGCUGCUAUUGCUGUCUCCUGGAGCAGGAAAGGUCUCCUGAACAGCCUGAUGCUGAUGGUAAUGGAUAUGUCAUCUGCUUCAUGGGCGGCUCAGAAAAAGGACUGAACUUAUUUAGAAUAGAGCUUGAUAAAUAUGUUCAAGGCCUGCAUUGCAGCCUGCAGACCCCAGAGCUGCAAAACCUUGAGACUGAGGUGCGUCCCUAUCUGAGCCGGUGGUUUGACGAGUCUGUCAUGCACAUUUACAGAGUGGUACAGCUGGUCCAGAGCAACAUCAGCUUCUUGCUUCAUGCUGCUCUGAGUCAGACACAUGUGGACGUCAUCAAUUCAGAGGAGCGGACCAAAGCAGACGUGUCAAGGUUCAUUAAAGCAGCCAGUUUGCAGGGUCUGUCCCAACAAGACCCCACAGCAGCUUCUUUGUGUAAGGCCAUCUCAGAGGACACUCAGUCCAACCUGGUCAUAGACUGCUCCGUCAGCCCACCCAUGCUCACGCACACUGUCAGUAAUCGUUUCUGUGAUGACUGGAUUCAGGCAUUUUUAAAUGCUGCAGAGCGCGGUAAUCCCUUCUUGCUCAGGCAGAUUCUGGAGAACUUCAAGCUUAAGGCCAUCCAGGACAUGAACAGCCUAAAGCGCUUUGUGCGGCAGGCUGAGAUGAGUCACUAUGCCCUUUUCCGCUGCUGCCAGUUUCUGCAAGGCUGUGGAAAUGGGGAUGUGUUGCUGCAGAAUGCUAGGGCAGAGCACAGUGACCUGCCUGAAGCCUGCAGCAUCAUCGCCGUCCUGGAGGAGUUCCUCAAGGAACAGUCCCAAGCUCAGGCCUGAUUCCAGUAACGACACGCGACUCCAAGUAACUUUACUCCAACUGCCUUGUCCAGUUGGUUCGUGAGACAGACUCCUCUACCAGCCACAAAGCAGACAAUAAAGUAUCAUAAAUACAAACCCAGCACAACCCAUUUUAAACAUAGCAUUGCCCUAUGAAAGAUGGCAGUGUGGCAACUUUUCAUUGAACAGCUGUAGUCAGUUACCUCUUCUGUCACUUCUGCUGCUUCAUGUAGAAAAGUGGUCAAAUCGGAAAUAUGUACUGUUAAAUGCUGACAACUCGGUGUCUUUUGACACGUCUUUGUAAAAACUAUACUAUAAUAUGUAGUUCAUUCAUUAGCAACAUCCCAGCACUAAUCUUAACAAUUAAAAGUUAGUUGUUAAUUAAACUGUACAACAAAGUUCUCAGUGAAGGUGAACUUAAAGUUUUACAGUCUCAUACCCUUUUAAUUACAGCUUUACAUGAGGUUAGUGCAUAUACAGAACUUUGAACCAAAUACUACCACUCAUGUUUUGCUAACUGACGAUCUCAACACAGAAUUGAUCCAAAUUAAGCUCCUGCUCAUUGGCACAGAUUUAUUUCUUCCUAAUAUGAUGACCAAACACUAUUUUCUUACUUACUUUUGUAUUUUAUUUGAUUGAACAUGUUUUCCUUUGUGAAAAAAACACACAUACAGGAUGCACAAAUCACUUUUAUGCUUUGCUUGUAACGUAGGCCUUGUUUGAUGUGUGUUUCCUUGCUCUUUAUCCUUUCAGCUCAGUUCUUGCACUACUGUAUUAUUUUUAUUAGUCUGGAUGUCAAUUGUAUGAUAUUGGGCUUCUGUUUAAUUCUCUCAAAAUUCAGUAUUGUAAACAUAGACGAAUAUUUGGAUAUAAUGUGUACAUUAGAGCAAAUUAUUUGAUGUUUAUGAACAUUUUCACAGCCUUCACCAGCUCAAACGUUUGUGAGAAGUAAACGGACACCAUGUGACCAAUCACUCACUGUAUCUACAUUUAUUUGAAAAAAUAAAUCUGCAAUACUAACAUUAACAGAGAAACAUGUUUUAAAGAGUAGUACAAUUGAAUACAAGACGACAGAAAACAAACUCAUAAUAAUAAUAAUAACUUUAACCAAGUCCAAAGUGUGAAGUUCAGCAAUAUCAACGGUAGUGGGGUAAACCUGUAAACUGUGAACCAGGUGACAUGGAAACGAGUAAUUUUAUUGUUGUGAAUAUUGGUGUGUUGUUGACCCAUGGUGCAUAUGUGUGGACAUUAUUGUACAGUGUGUUCUCUGUAGAUGUAAGUGGUCGCAUGGAGAUGAAAUAAAUAAAUAUGACAGUGGAACCUC